CACUUGGACAGAGUGUGUUUCCCUAGUACUACAUUGUCUCCAAUCCUCUUUAAUUCCUAGCUUAUUAACACAAAAAUGGGUUACUCCAAGACUUUUCUUGUCCUUGGUCUUGUGUUUGCUGUUGUGCUUUUCAUCUCCUCCCAUGUCUCAGCUCGUCAGAUUGUUGAGGCCGCUCAAACCCAGGAGAAUUUGCAAACUCAGGCUGUGGAGGAGGCCAACCAUUAUGACCAGCUCCACCAUCGUCAUGGUCAUCACCAUCACCACCAUCAUGAUCAUCACCACGGUGUAUGGACACCAUGGACACCAUGGACAUGGAGGGGGUCACCAUGGCCCUGGGCAUGGUCAUCACCCCGGCCAUGGUCAUGGUCAUGGUCAUCCCCCCGGCCAUGGACACGGUGCUGCUGGUGAUUUGACUAGAAACCGAAACUAAAACAAACAAAAAUUAGACGAAAUAUAUCCUUCGUCCUAUAUAUGCUAUCUGUCUGAGUGUGUCAGUACUCUAUGUAAUAAGUGGCUUAUCUAAGCUAAUUCUAUGCCAAUAACAACAACCUUAAUUUA